ACUGUCUGUGCCUUGCGGGUACGGGGGAAAGUAAACAGCGAAUAGAGCAUUAAUUAUGACCACAGUGAGGUGUAACUGGUGAGGCAAUAAGACUCAAAUGUUUUGCCGUCACCUACAUUACGUGGCAUAACUGUCCUGUAGUGUGGCGUACAGGUAAAAUAGCACUGGCCGAUGUCGUUGCAUUCGUAAGCUGCAAGCGUGCAAAUAUUCCCUGGCAGGUGCAGCUUCAUUAGGAAGUAUGAAUACAACUGCAAGCAAAAGGAAGUGUGAAAUAUCGGCUCAGACUUCAAUUCAUUGGUUUCGCCAUGGACAACGCCUUCAUGACAAUCCAGCUCUGCUAGAUGCUCUUGAUGGUUGUGAUACAUUAUAUCCAGUUUUUAUUUUUGAUGGACAGGUUGCAGGAACAGAUACAGCUGGGUAUAAUCGUUGGAGAUUUCUUCUUGAGAGCCUUGAAGAUUUAGACAGACAGUUUCAAAAGCAUGGUGGCCGGCUGUAUGUAUUCAAAGGAGAUCCAGUAGUUGUUCUCAAGAACUUAUUCAAGGAAUGGGGAGUGACAAAACUAACCAUCGAGCAGGACCCAGAACCGAUAUGGCAGGACCGGGACUGCAGAGUUAAGUCCCUUUGUGAAGAUGAAGGAGUGACCUGUGUGGAGAAGAUCUCUCACACUCUUUGGAACCCUCAUGUAAUAAUAAAGCUGAAUGGUGGCCUUCCCCCUGUCACAUACAUGCUGUUCAAUCAGGUCGCCAGAUCUACAGGUAAACCAGACAGACCCGUGGGUGACCCGGACUUCACAAAGGUCAAGCUACCUGUGUCUGACAAUCACUCUGAACAGUUUGGGGUGCCCUCCCUGGCUGAUAUGGGAGUGAAGCCCGAGUGCAAAGAGCAGGAUGAUAGAAUUAACAAGUGGAUGGGAGGAGAGACCAAGGCAUUAGAGCUGCUUGAGUCCAGACUCAAACUGGAGGCUGAGGCGUUUGAGAAGAACAUCUUCCUGCCCAAUCAGCAUCAGGUGGACCUGAUUGGCUCACCCAUGAGCUUGAGCGCUUACCUCAGGUUCGGCUGUGUCUCUGUCAGGAAGUUUUACUGGGGCAUUCAGGACACCUAUGUUAAGUUGAAGGGAAAAGAUGCCCCGCUGUCAGCAACAGCUCAGUUAAUGUGGCGAGAGUACUUUUACACCAUGUCCCUAAACAACAUUAACUAUAACAAAGUGGAAAACAAUCCCAUUUGUCUGAAAAUCAACUGGAUUAAGGAUGACAAAAAACUAGAGAGGUGGUUACAGGGGGAAACAGGUUUUCCAUGGAUAGAUGCCAUCAUGAAGCAGCUGAGGGCAGAGGGGUGGGUGCAUCAGGCUGCCCGCCAUGCUGUAGCCUGUUUUCUGACUCGCGGGGACCUCUGGCUUAGCUGGGAAGAUGGACUGAAGGUAUUUUAUAAAUAUUUGCUGGAUGCUGAUUGGUCAGUGUGUGCUGGGAACUGGAUGUGGGUUGCAAGCUCUGCGUUUGAGGAUGUCCUCCAGUGUCCAAAGUGUUUCUGUCCAGUACGCUAUGGUAUCCGCAUGGACCCUAAAGGAGCAUAUAUCAGAAGAUACUUGCCUGUUCUGAAGGAGAUGCCUUUACGUUACCUCUUCCAGCCGUGGAAGGCUCCUCUAGAGGUGCAGGAAGCGGCGGGCUGCAUUGUGGGCAAGGACUACCCGUCUCCCAUGGUGGAUCACAUGCUGGCAGCGAAGGUGAACAGGAAGAAAAUGAUGGACAUUAAGGAGAUAAUGAAGACUGAUACAGGUAAGCAGUAUUGUGCACCAGUGAACCAGACAGAGGUGGGACAGUUUGCAUUCUUACAGGAACUGACUGACCCCAGCAACACAUGCCUCUCCGAUGUCACCUGUCAAGCUCUCAAUGUCCAGGAAUGUAUGUAG